AUGAAAAUCAUCUACAACCGGAAGUCUCUGAAGACCCCGUUCUACGCAAGCAUGGGUUCCUGGAAGGGCGUAACCUCAACGCUAGGUUUCGUCGACUAUGCCAGCGCUGCUCCGACACGCAACAAUCUGAUCCAAUGUUUCCAGAACAAGAAUCUGGCAACUUUAGUCGAAAACAUCUCCUCGCACAUUUCGGAAUUUUGCGAGCUGUUGCGCCGGACGACGAAGGGCAAUGGGGAUGUCGACGGUGUUGUCAUUUUUCGCCUCCUCGCGCUCGAUAUCGUCACAGACGUCCUCUGGGGAGAGCAGAAGACGUUACUCUCCAGCCUGUCUGACACCACACCUGAAUUUCUGCGACGCUUCCAUGCCUUCAGCUCGUACAACGCAAUGAAGAGUUUCUUCCCGGGCUUUGACACCUACGUACGCUACUUUGGGACUCCCAAAUGGCGCCAACUACGCCAGGACUGCAGUGACAUGGACCUGACGGCGAAAGAUGCGCUCAGCAGAUGGCAUUCUGAGGGUGGACAUCGAGACAAAGACGUCUUGGGGAUGCUGUUAUCGAUGCAUGAAGCCGUCGACGAGCGAAAGAGGGUUCCCAAGGAUCACAUACCCGCAUACAUGGUGGAGAUGAUGGCAGCCGGAAGCUCGACAACUUCGCACACAGCAACAUUCACUUGUCAUCAGCUGGCGUACCAUCCGGAGAUUCAAUACAAGCUUCGAAAGGAGUUGAAGACUGCCUUUCCAGACAGUGCCAACAUUGACGAGAAGGAGAUGAUGGACUUGCCUAUGUUGGAUGCUGUACUUCGUGAGACGAUGCGAUCGAUGCCGAUGAUUCCUGGUCCACUAGAACGACUUUUAGGCGAGGCAGUGACAGUAGACAGACUUCAGAUUCCUAGUGGAGUCAUAGCAUCUACUGCAGCCUACGAUCAGUGCCGAUUACCUUCUGUCUUUCCAGAUCCAGAAAGUUGGCAUCCGGAAAGGUGGUUCGAGGCCAGCGACGCCAUGCAUCUCAACUGGAUCCCCUUUGGCUACGGCAGCAGAAGUUGUCCGGGGUCGAAUCUCGCCAUGACUGAGCUGAAGUACAUGAUCGGUACCACAUUCCGUCUGUUCCAAGUUGGGCCUCCGGAGAAUCACGCGCAAGAGCCUCUUGAGCUGAGAGAUGUGUUUGUAUCGGCGCAGAAGAGCGGACAGUGUUGGCUGAGGUUCAAGGAGGACGCUUAG